GCGCGCGCGGUAAAUGGAGCGGGUCCUCGCGGAAACGCUGCUGUCGCAGAGCCCGGACCCUCGGGUCCUGCUCCGGGCGCUGUGCCGCGGGGAGGCGUCCGCGGAGCGCGUGGAGACGCUCCGCUUCCUGCUGCAGCGCCUCGAGGACGCGGAGGAGCGCGGUGGCGGCGGGGAUGCGGGCGCGCUCCCGGAGGCGGCGCGCGAGGUCGCCGCCGGGUUCCUGGUGCCGCUGCUACGGGGCCUGCGUGGGCGCCCCGCGGGCGGCCCGGACCCCGACCUGCCGCCCCGGGACAGCCGGCGCGUGCUGAGGGCCGCGACCGCCGCCUUGCGCUCGUGCGCCCGCCUCGCCGGGGGCCCGCAGCUGGCGGCCGCCCUGGCGGAGGAGGCGCUGCGCGACCUUGUGGCCGGGGGGCCCGCGGCCGGUGCGGAGGCGGCGGUGGAGGUGCUGGCGGCGGUCGGGCCCUGCCUGCGGCCCCGCGAGGACGGGCCCCUCCUGGAGCGGGUGACGCAGGCCGCCCUUGCCUUGGCGCUGGGCGCCGACGGGGAGCGGGACGAGGCCGGGCCGGCGGAGGACACGGCGGAGCUGGCGGCCGGGAGGCUGCUGCCGGCGCUGGGCCAGUGCGGUGGGGCGGCGCUGCGGGCCGUCUGGGCCGGGCUGGUCGCGGCCGGGGCGCCCUCGGGGCCGGGCCGCGUCGGGCCGCGGCUGCUGGUGCUGAGCGCCCUGGCCGAGAGGCUGCUGCCCGAGCCCGGCGCCGACCGCGGCCCCGGAGCGGACGAGGAGGUCCCCGACGCGCGGCGCUGCGGGCGCUUCUGGAGGACGGUGCAGGCGGGGCUGGCGCGGGCCCCCGACGCGCUGACGCGCAAGCGGGCGCGCUACCUGCUGCAGAGGGCGGUGGAGGUGUCGGCUGAGCGCGGCGCGCCCUGCGCCUGCGGCCCCCGGGAAGGAACCGGCCCAAGUCUGUUUUGGUGGUCCGAGAAGAAGAAAGAUGAGCUGCUAAAGUUUUGGGAAAACUAUAUUUUAAUUAUGGAAACUCUAGAAGGAAAUCAGAUCCACGUCAUAAAGCCGGUUUUACCAAAGCUAAACAGUCUGUUUGAAUAUGCAGUGUCAGAGGAAAAUGGGUGCUGGCUCUUUCACCCCUCCUGGCACAUGUGCAUUUAUAAAAGAAUGUUCGAAAGUGAGAAUAAAAUCCUGACCAAAGAAGGUGUCAUCCAUUUUUUGGAGCUGUAUGAAACAAAGAGUCUUCCAUUUGCACCAGAGUUUUCUGAGUUUAUUAUUGGACCAUUAAUGGAUGCACUUUCAGAGAGCUCUCUGUAUAGCAGGUCCCCAGGCCAGCUGAUAGGAAGUGGUUCUCCACUGGGAUUGAAAUUACAGAAGUUUUUAGUCACUUAUGUUUCUCUUCUUCCAGAAGAAAUAAAGAGUAGUUUCCUACUAAAGUUUAUUCAGAAGAUGACAAGCAGACAUUGGUGUGCCAUUCCCAUUUUGUUUCUGUCUAAGGCUUUGGCAAAUGUCCCAAGAUGUAAAGCCCUGGGUAUAGAAGGGCUUCUUGCUCUCAGGGACGUUCUGCAGCGCACGAUGAUCACCCACCAGGUCCUGCUGAGAGGGGCCGCACAGUGCUAUCUUCUUCAGACGGCCAUGAAUUUAGUAGAUGUGGAGAAGGUGACCCUUUCAGAUGUUUCAACUUUUCUCAUGUCUCUGAGACAAGAGGAGUCCUUAGGACGAGGAACCUCAUUGUGGACAGAGCUCUGUGAUUGGCUGCGUGUUAAUGAAAGCUGUUUUGGGCGAGCCUCAGCCUGUAGUCCCACUGGACUUCCCGAGACACCGUCUUUAAAUGCUUACGUGAAGAACCUAGUUCAAGAAUAUAUUACGUUACCUGCUGGGGAAACAGGAGAAGACUGCUUUAUGCCUGACUGGUUGGAAGCCAAGCUCGUUGCUAUGAUGGUCUUGCUGGCUGUAGAUGUGGAAGGAAUGAAGACGCAGUACAGUGAAAAGAGGAGAACACAGAAUGUAUUAAGGAUAUUCUUAGACCCUCUCCUGGACUCCCUUCUGAAGUUGGGCACCAAUGCCUACAUGCCCGUGCUGAGAGCCGACAGAUGCCUCCAGUUGCUGUUGAAGCUACUGCGCACUUGCAUGUUGACAGGUUCCGGUGCCCGAGAUGACGAGGUGUUCACACUUCUCCAGAGCUUUGCCAUGUCUGCUACUGAGAGCGUUUCUGAUUUUAUCCUCCGACGGCUUACCAUGAAUGAACUCAGUAGUGUUUCGGAUCUGGAUCGUUGCCGUUUAUACCUGAUGGUAUUAACUGAGCUUAUAAAUACCCAUUUGAAGGUUGGGUGGAAAAGAGGCAACCCCAUUUGGAGAGUUAUUUCUCCUCUGAAAAAUGCAUCCAUCCGGCAUCUUCAAGAGAUAGACAGUGGACAGGAGCCGACCCUUGCCGGGCAAAUCCAGAGGGUCGUUAGCAUGGCUGCCUUGGCCACGGUGUGUGAGGCCGUUGACCAGAAGCCGGAACUGCAGCUCGACUCCCUGGAGCCGGGACCCACGGAAAGGUUCCUCGCCUCCCUCCCGCUCAAUCACACACUGCAGAAGCCGCACCCAGAGGAGCACAGCAGGGAUGGUGACCGUCUGUUUUGUUUCAGUUUUUCUGAAGACUCGGCAGCUUCCCAAGGAUGGGGGAAAGUAGUCGCACAAUAUAUUCAUGAUCAGUGGGUCUGCCUCUCUUUCUUGUUGAGAAAAUACCACACCCUUAUACCGUCGUCGGAGGGUGACGUUCCGGAUCCCGUCCUACCUGCUGUUCAGAUGCCGGCGAGGACCCUGCAGUCCGCGCUGGGAGCCCUCACAGUCCUGCCUUCAGACCAAGUCUUGCCUGUGUUCCACUGCAUGAAAGUUCUGGUUCCCAAGCUUUUGACCUCCUCUGAAUCACUCUGUGUAGAGUCUGUUGACACGGCUUGGAAGAUUAUAUGUGCUUUAAGCAACACUCAGCUGAUAUUCUGGUCUAAUUUAAAAGCCUUUGUUCAGUUUGUUUUUGAUACCAAAGUUCUUACCAUCGCUGCAAAAAUCAAGGGCCAGGCGUAUUUCAAGAUAAAAGAGAUUAUGUACAAGAUGAUUGAAAUGUCUGCUAUAAAAACCGGAGUCUUCAAUACACUGAUAAGUUAUUGCUGCAAAUCUUGGAUAGUUUCUGCUUCAGAUGUGUCCCAAGUGUCUUUGUCAAGUGCUAAAAAUUAUAGCGAACUUAUCCUCGAGGCUUGUAUAUUUGGAACUGUUUUUAGGCGUGAUCAAAGACUUAUUCAGGAUGUGCAGACCUACAUAGAAAAUCUUGGACACGAUUGUGCAGCAAACACGGUUAUUGAAAAUACUAAAAGAGAAGACCACUAUGUGAGAAUUUGUGCUGUCAAAUUCCUGUGUUUAUUACAUGGCUCAAAUAUGUCUCAUAAGUUGUUUAUGGAAGAUCUUGCAAUCAAGCUAUUAGAUAAAGAUGAGUCGGUGUCUAAGUCCAGGACUCGGUACUACGUGAACUCCCAGCAGCACCGGCUGAAGAACCGGGUGUGGCAGACGCUGCUGGUGCUUUUCCCCAGCUUUGAUCAGAAUUUCUUGAAUAGAAUUAUUGACAAGAUUUUCCAGGCUGGUUUCAUCAAUAAUCAAGCAUCCAUAAAAUAUUUCAUAGAAUGGAUUAUUAUAUUGAUUCUUCAUAAAUUUCCUCAAUUUCUGCUGAAGUUCUGGGAUUGCUUUUCUUAUGGUGAAGAAAACCUUAAAACAAGCAUUUGUACAUUUUUAUCCGUUUUGUCACAUUUGGACAUCAUCACUCAAAACAUUCCAGAAAAGAAACCAGUCCUGAAGCAAGCCCUUGUCAUCGUGCUGCAGUGGAGUUUCAGUCACAACUUCAGCAUCCGACUGUACGCCUUGGCCGCCCUGAAGAAGGUCUGGAGCAUGUGUAAGGCGCUGUGCGUGGAAGAACUUGAGGCGUUGACGUCUGUCAUUGAAUCCAGUCUCAACCAAGUGGAAAACAUGCCCGGAACAGGGAACGCCAAGAAGAAUUGGCAGCGCAUCCAAGAGCAUUUCUUUUUUGCCAAUUUCCACCCAGUUCAGGAUUACUGUCUGGAGACCAUAUUUUACAUCCUUCCACGCCUUUCAGGCCUGGUUGAAGACGAAUGGAUUGCCAUUGGUAAAUUUACCAGAUUCACGGACAUCCCCUCAGAUGCAGGAUUUCAGUGGUACCUUUCGCCGGCUCACCUCUGUGAACUGAAACCGGGUGACUGGGCUCAGCAGGACGUAGGUUCUCACUCGGGCGAAGCAGAUAGCCAGUCUGAGUGGACGGAUGUUCAGAAGAAGAUUAUCCCCUGGAAAAAUAAUGCUCCAGAUUUAGAUCUGGAGCUAGUAUUUCAGGAUCGAGUUGCCAAGCUUGGAAAGUCAAUUAGCAGACUGAUUGUAGUGGCCUCGCUCAUUGAUAAACCAACUAAUUUAGGAGGACUGUGCAGGACCUGCGAGGUGUUUGGGGCCUCAGCCCUCGUGCUGGGCAGCCUGCAGUGCGUCGGAGACAAGCAGUUCCAAGGCCUCAGCGUCUCCGCAGAGCAGUGGCUGCCUCUAGUGGAGGUAAAACCACCUCAGCUCAUCGAUUUUCUGCAACAGAAAAAAACAGAAGGUUACACCGUCAUUGGUGUGGAACAAACUGCUAAGAGUGUAGACCUGACUCAGUACAGCUUUCCGGAGAGAUCUCUGCUCUUGUUGGGAAAUGAACGUGAGGGAAUUCCGGCAAAUCUAAUCCAACAGUUGGAUGUUUGUGUGGAAAUUCCUCAGCAGGGCAUUAUCCGCUCGCUGAAUGUCCACGUGAGUGGGGCUCUGCUCAUCUGGGAGUACACCAGACAGCAGCUGCUCAGGCAUGGGGGUGCCGAGUCAUGAACUUUGUGCCUUAUCUGAGAUCAGUUAUUGGUGCUCUUGAAACCUUGUUUUAAAGACUGUACUAAUGAAAUCAACUCAAAAGUUUACCAGGAUAAUUUGUAUUUCUUUUUCUUGCCAAAUUAAUGCCAAAACUUUUUCAUGUGCCUUAAAUAUAUGACUAUGUUUACCCCUUAAAUAAAUAUUUUUAGCUAAAUUGCAUUGCUUCUUUAAUAAAAUAUUUUAAGCAGUUGUGGAAA